AGAAGCGGAGUAGAUCUAGAUGAGAAUCAGCAAGUAACUUCGUCUUUUGGUGAAAUAGAGGAGCCUGAUAUUGUCGGUUUUUUUGUUACGAAGUCACCGGUACCCGAAGAGAAGAGAUACAAUUUCACCGAACUCCACUUCAAACCAGAUUCGGAAUCGGGUGUUUCUCAAGAGUCCAGUUCUGACCAAUCGAGAUCCUGGGAUAGUUGGAUUUCAACGAGUGACCUUUCUGUAAAACAGUCCACGGCGGAUUCCACGAAAGAUGACGUGAUGAACAGUGAACAAACAAAUGAAAAUGGACCCGGUGCAAAUGGGAUUGAAGACAUUGAGGAAGGAAAACCGAUCCAAGAGGUGGAAGAAAAAAAGGACGAACGCGAAGAAGACACUGACGAUGAUGACGACGACGACGAUGAUGAUGAUGGUGAUGAUGAUGAUGAUGAUGAUGAUGAUGAUGAGAAGGAGGAGGAGGAAGAGGUAGAGGCGAAAAAAGGGAACAUAAAUCCAGAUGACAAGGAAAACAAAUCUGAUAAAAUAGAAAACAAAAGUGAAACUCGUUUCAACGGAAGUGACCACACAGAGCAAUAUGGUGAACAUAUACCUGAGGAAAAUAUGACUGUAAGACUCUCUCUGAAAAGCUCAAGUGAACCCGGAAUAUUUGGCCCAGAAGGCCGGAACGCGGAUGACUACUUAGAAAAAACAAGCGGUAAGGAUGUCUGA